AUGGAGAAGUGGAACUUCUCACAUACAUGUGGUGCCUUUGAUGGCAAGCACGUUGCCUGCAAGGCUCCUCCAAAGAGUGGUUCCGUGUAUUAUAAUUACAAGGGGUUCUACUCCAUCGUGCUCAUGGCACUGGUAGAUGCGGACUACAAAUUCCUCUGGGCAGAUGUGGGUAGUCCCGGAGCCUCGUCUGACGCCCAGAUCUACAACGAGUCUGAACUCAAAGAAAUGGUUGAAGAUGGAACCAUUGGCUUCCCUGCUCCAGAUCCUCUUCCUAAUGACUACAAGGAUGUGCCAUACUUCUUCGUCGUUGAUGACGCGUUUGGCCUACGGAAGCACAUGAUGAAGCCAUACACCUUGCGUGGUCUUACAGAUGAAGAGAGGAUCUUCAAUUACAGACUGUCCCGAGCCAGGAGGGUUGUUGAAAAUGCCUUUGGCAUUCUAGCAAACCGCUUCCAGAUUUUGCUUACCACAAUGCAGCACCACCCAUCCACCGCCAAGAUCAUCGUGAAGGCAUGCAUUGUUCUCCACAACUUGAUGAGGAUGAGGUAUCCAACACUGCAGAACCAGCAGCUAGACCGUGCAGAGAAUGACAACAGAGACUUUAUCCCAGGAGUGUGGAGGCAGGGCAGAAACCUACAGGACAUCCAUGUCGUGGCCGGCUCCAACACCUCCAGCAAGGAAGGGAAGAAGCAGCGGAACCUGAUCAAACAUGGCAAGACAGGAUGUUGUAGAGGAGAUGUGAUUGUCAUAAUAAAAGAUUUCUACACUCUAACAACAGUGUUUAGAAAGUGA